UUUAAACACUCCAGCAGGAGCUCACCAAUUUUUACUUUAUGCAGAAGUCCUUGACUGCUUCACUCUCUCAUUCUUGGAGUGAAUUUGGAAAUGAUUUUUGAUGACCUUAAGAGUACGACUAUGAAAGACCAACCCGACCAGAAGCCAAAUGGAGAGAAAGCUAAAGGUCUUUAUUUUCUUUCUUCUCGGUGGUGGUGCCCUGCCGCUGUGCUUCUAGGGGUCCUUUGCUUGGGAUUACUGGUGACUCUUAUCAUGCUGAUAAUGCAAGUAUCACAGGUGUCUGGUCUCCUAAAGCAACAUCAAGCAAACCUUACCCACCAGGAAAUUAUACUGGAGGGACAGAUUUUAGCACAGCAGCAGGCAGAAAAAGCUUCCCAGGAGUCAGAAAAGGAACUCAAGGAGAUGAUAAAAAACCUUACCCAGAAGCUGGAUGAAAAAUCGAAGAAACAGAUGGAACUUCAUCACCAGAACCUGAAUCUCCAAGAAGCUCUGAGGGAAGCAGCAAACUUUUCAGCUCCUUGUCCCCAAGACUGGCUCUGGCAUGAAGUGAACUGUUACCUAUACUCCUCUGGCCCGUUUAAUUGGGAAAAAAGCCAGAACCAUUGCUUGUCUUUGGAUGCCCACAUGCUGAAAAUUAACAGCACAGAUGAUCUGGAAUUCAUCCAGCGAGCAAGCGCCCAUUCCAGUUUCCCGUUCUGGAUGGGGUUGUCUCUGAGGAAGCCGAGCAGCUCAUGGCUCUGGGAGGAUGGCUCUCCUUUGAUGCCCCACUUGUUUCGAUUCCAGGGAUCUCUUUCCCAGAGGUAUCCUUCAGGCACUUGUGCCUAUAUACAAAGGGGAGCUGUUUUUGCUGACAACUGCAUUUUAACUGCAUUUACUAUAUGUCAGAAGAAGGCGAAUCUAGUGAGAGCAUGGUGAAUUUGAAGGCUCUGGAAGCAAAGGAGAAGACUUUUCUUCUGGAAUUGAAGCUGUACUUUAUCAUUUAGGGGCAAAACGAGAGAGCCCUGCGAACUGCCUGUUAUUAGCUGACUGCAGAAUUCCUUAGCAGAGACUAGGUCUGCAGAUGCCUGGCUGGAGAUAUCCAAAAUGUUGAUUCUAUGUCUCUUUCUCUCGUUUUUCGCCUGGUUUCCCCAAUCCCCCUGCCAGCCUUCAAACCUUCUCCCCUUUUUAUGUUUUAAAAUUUUACUCCUCUUCAAGUCUUGGCAGCCCUCUGUACUCAGUCCUCUACCUCAGUGCCAUCUGCCCCCUCACCCUCCUAAACUGCAUAGAAAAUGGAAAAUGGAGAACUUGACCCCCCCUGCAAGCAGAAGGCGAAAAAGGGGAAAUCUGCAUGGGAACAGAGCCGGUGAAGAAACAGAAAAGAGGAAAAGCCCAUAAUGGAAUCAAGGAACUUGAGUUCUCGACCUUAAAAGCUGCCACUUGUUCGUCUUUUAAGUUGCGAUCUGUCUCCACACUCCACCACUUACACACGUGCACACCCAAAACACACACACACACACACACACACACACCCCCAGAACAUCACAUUUUGGGGUGAUUGAGAUGUUCCGGGAGGUAAUUAUAAAUAGAAUCAUCUUUUCAGUGACCCAAAUACAAUUCCUUAUUGGUCUCUGAAUCUGUUCUGACUUCUUCAUCCUUUCUCUAUCAAAGGACAGCUCAAUAUAGCUUUACUCCUUCAGGGGAGUAUUUGUUAGAAUCAUGGUGCCGGGGGCAAAAAUAGUUUUUGUGUUGUUUUUUUUUUUCUCCCUAAAGUACACACCAUUUGUAGAUGACCUCUUCUCAACUCUGUUAUGUUGUGCUAAUGUGGAAACAUACCGGGCCAACCAGUGAAGACACUCCGUUAAGGAGCAAACUGAGCCAGCCGCGGAAACAUUGCUGAACAGAAACAGACGGGAUUUGAAGUAUUCCUUCUAUUUUCAGUGUUUCUAGUCCCCGGCUACCUCCCCUCCCAGGUUUUCCUACUUUAAAGGAAGCCUUUCCAUUUCGUGGCACAUAAUGUAGCACCAACUGUAUCCAAAAAAGAAAAGCCGGACCAUUCCUAGGAAGACAGAUAUUCAUCUGCCUUGUUGUUUGCAUCAAUUUCUCCCCCCUUUAAAAUAUUCAAUGUGAUUCCCUUGUAUGAGUAUACCCCAAUUUGUGGAUACAUUACCUGUUGAUGAUCUUUUGAGUUGUUUUCGGUAUUUGUCUAUCACAAAAUAAGGUGCUAUAAACAUUUGUGUACCAGCCUUUGUAUGCACAUAGCAUUUCUCUUCUCUUGAGUAAGUGCGUAGGAGUUUAAUGUCAGAACCAUUCAGUAGGUGUAUGUUCAGCUAGCUGAGAAAUUGCCAAACGUUUCGCCCCAAACUUGUACCAUUUGAUAUUCCCACCAGCAGUGUAUGAAUGUUCCAAUUCCACCUCAUCCUUGCUGACGCUUGGUAUGGUCAGUCUUGUCACUUUACCCAUUCUGAUAGGCGCAUGGUGGUCUAUUACUCUGGUUUAAUUUGCAUUUCCUAAAUGAAAAAUAAUCUUGAGAUCUUUUUAUUUACUUAUUGUGCUUAUUUACUCUCUACAUAUUUUCUUUGAUAAAGCGCUGUACCGAUCUUCUGAGAA